AUGAUUUCAGGGAAGAGGCCGGCACCAAAGCAUUUGACUAAACCACUGUCCAUCUCCUUCCAGAGAGCCCCAGGCCACCUCAGCUCAUCAAGAUUGAACAGCGGUCUGCUCUCCUCCCCGGUCCUGAUGGUCACCCCUGCUCCUCUCUGCCAUCAAGGAGAGAAGAUGUGUGAGGGCGAUGAGUUGGCUCCUAUCAACACCACCCAGACCCAUCUGGCCCCGCUAGCGGUGGUUCUGGGGGGUGUCUCCCUGGUCACCGUGAGCCUAAACCUCCUCGUGCUGUACGCCGUGAAGACGGAUAGAAAGCUGCACACGGUGGGCAACCUGUACAUCGUCAGCCUCUCCGUGGCUGACCUGAUCGUGGGCGCAGCCGUCAUGCCCCUGAACAUCAUGUACCUCCUGGAGCCUCCCAACACCUUCGGACAGCCGCUCUGCCUCUUCUGGCUCUCCAUGGAUUACGUGGCCAGCACCGCCUCCAUCUUCAGCAUCUUCAUCCUGUGCAUCGACCGCUACCGCUCGGUCCAGCAGCCCCUCAAGUACCUGAAGUACCGAACCAAGACGCGGGCGUCGACCAUGAUCUCAGGAGCCUGGCUCCUCUCUCUGCUAUGGGUCAUUCCCAUACUGGGGUGGCGCGGGGACCAAGGCAAGAAAUCCGGAGCGGGCGACACCAAGUGUGAGACGGGUUUCCAUAAAGUCACCUGGUUCAAGGUGAUGACGGCCAUCAUCAACUUCUAUCUCCCCACCUUGCUCAUGCUGUGGUUCUACACCAAGAUCUACAGGGCCGUCCGGAGGCACUGCCAGCAUCGCGAGCUCAUCAACGGCUCUUUCCGGUCUUUCUCAGAAGUCAAGUUGAUGCAGGACAAGAAGGUCUGCGCCAAGAAGCAAGAGAAGAACACCGGUCCCCAGUCUUCAAAGCCCCCGGUGGACCCCUCCUCCCACUCCAAUAACAAGCUUGCCCCACAUCAGGACCCAUUGGUCACCCUCCAGCUGGCCAAGAAAUCUGCCAAGGUGGUCAUCAAGGAGCAAGACAGAGAGGUGGUCAUCAAGGAGCAAGACGGAGAGGUGGUCAUCAAGGAGCAAGACGGAGAGGUGGUCACCCAACACUGCUUUCCCAUCACCAUUGUACAGAACCAGCCCCCGCCGGAGGAAGCAGAGGGAGAGAACAUGCCUGUCAAGCAGGACCAACCAAGCCAAGAGAAUCUGGCCCCUGCCACCUUGGAGAUAAGCGACACUUCUGAUGAGCACACCUUCGCCGACAUGACCUCCGGCCAGACCGACUCGGAGUCAGCUGUGGAGCCAGCUGCCACCCCUGGGAGCCAGGGGCAGCCCAAGGGGCCCUCUGGGCUUGGGGGCUACCUGAAAUACACCUGGAAGAGGCUGCGCUCCCAUUCCAGGCAGUACUUGCCGGCACUGCACAUGAACCGGGAGCGCAAAGCUGCCAAGCAGUUGGGCUUCAUCAUGGCCGCCUUCAUAAUCUGCUGGAUCCCCUACUUCAUGUUCUUCAUGGUCAUCGCCUUCUGUGCCGAGUGCUGCAAUGAGAACUUCCACAUGUUCACCAUUUGGCUCGGCUAUGUGAAUUCCACCCUGAACCCCCUCAUCUACCCUCUUUGCAAUGAGAACUUCAAGAAGACUUUCAAAAAGAUUUUGCACUUGCGCUCCUGA